AUGUUAAGAGCUGAGGUGGAAGCUAAGAAGGUCGUCAUUGAAGUUCUGUCGCAGCCAGUCUUAAACGUCCAUGACUUUGAAUAUUUACGUAACCCUGUUGGCGCAUGCGCAACAAGUUAUACGGAAGUGCUGAUCGUCGUUCCGUCUGCCCCACGGCACGCCGAGCAUCGACUGAAAAUUCGGAAAGGGACCCUCGGCGACUACGUCAGGGCGCCGUCAAACAACGCCAAGAUGGUGUUUUUUUUCGGGGAGCCCGAAUGCGACGGCGACGCGGCGAAACUGCAAAGGAACAUUGACGACGAGUUCCAUACUUACGGAGACGUCGUGCAGGAGCAGUACCUGGACGUGUACAGGAACAUCCGCCUCAAAGCGGUGUCCAUGCUGAGGUGGGCCGCGACGUACUGCAAAAGCGCGAAGUACGUCAUUCGCACGGACGAUGACGUCGUGGUCAACAUCACCAAAAUCGUCACCGUUGUGAGGAGGAAAGGUUUGGAGUUUCAAGAUUUCAUCCUCGGGGUCAGGAAGGACGGCUGGUCGCCUGUCAGAAGGAAUCACACGCACGGUUUGAAAUACGCCGUCUCUGAGGAGGAGUACCCCAGCGCCACUUAUCCCCCCUUCGCUGUCGGCGGGCUGCUGGCCUACCCGCUGAGCACCGUGGCGUUGUUGUACCAGGCGGCGCUGAGGGUCAAGCCGUUAUGGCUGGACGACGUCUACAUCACAGGGAUGUGUGCUCAACGGCUCAAGCUGCCUCUAAUUAAAGACCCCGAUUUUGUAUUUCAGCAUUGA